CCGGUGCAGUUGAGGGCGCUCGUGCUCAGAUAAAACAGAAGCAUGAAUUGUUUUUAAAAAGAUGUAGAAUCAAUGCUGCAGCUUUGAAUGUUUGCUUGGAAACAAACCGGAGCAUAUUAGCGUGUUGUUGAGACGAUGUUACUACUGUCGAACUGUGUAGUCUCCCAUUUACAGCGACGCAAUGAACACCAGUCCAGUAUUAUUAGGUGAACCAUAGCACUGAUUUUUUUCCUGAUGAAAUCUAAAUCAAAGGCCCCAUUGGCAACACUGCCAUGGAUAGAGAUCCUUGUGUACUGGCUGCUUUCCUUUGGCUCACAUCUGUACUCCUUCUACCACCUGCACAGGUUCUCUAAAAAACAUGAAAAACUUUUAGAGAGAGAAUACCAAUUGGAAGAAGGCCUUCUUAUGGGUUUUAAAAGGGACCCAUCAGACUUUGAGUGGAACUUCUGGACUGAAUGGGGCAGGAAGUCUUUACUGUGGUCCCUGGCUGGUCAUGGCAUCAUAUCCAGAUUCACUACCGUCUUUUACCCUAAGUUCAGGGUGCCAGCACUUACGAUAUAUGGCUUCUUAGCAGCCAGCAGUGUGCUGGGGGUUAAAGGUGUGAGUGUGUUGCUGGUGCACAUGGCUCUGUCCUUCUUAGUGGCUCAGCUGCGAAAGCCCGCACUGUCGUGGGCAUGUAACCUGCUGCUGCUCUCCACACUUCACUUCCAACCACUUCAAGAGAUCCAGAGACGCUGGUAUAACUCUGAAGAGGAAUACUAUCUGCUGCUCUUCAGCAUCGCCGUCUGUGGUCUGCGCUUCAUCAGCUUCAGCCUGGAGAAUUGCUGGUGCCCUGCAGGCCGUGGUGGAGUCACACAGCUCUGUUGGUUGUUAUCAUACACAUUCUAUCAUCCUUUUUUCUACAAUGGACCCAUCAUCACAUACAAAGACUACACGGAGCAGAUGCAGAGGCAUGCUGAGGAGAGUGACAGACGAGAGUCUGCUUUUCGUUACUUGGUGCUCAGAUCAGGACGGAUCAUUCUGUGGUGGUGCAUUGCAGAAUACAUGAUCCAUGUAAUGUACAUGCACACUAUCCAGUCUAAUGAGACCUACUUAGAAAUUCUCCCUCCUUGGGCCUUGGGUGGUCUGGCUCUGGCCCUCGUCCAGUUCUUCUAUGUGAAGUAUCUGGUGCUAUUUGGCUUUCCCUCCAUGUUGGCUACGUUGGAUAAUCUAGCUCCUCCAAAGCUUCCUUCUUGUGUCAGCAUCAUGCACAGUUUCACCGGAAUGUGGAGGCACUUUGACGAGGGACUGUAUCGAUGGCUCAUCAGAUACAUCUACGUGCCACUCGGAGGUUCACAACACGGCGCUCCUUUCAAAAUACUAUCAACUGGCCUCGCAUUUGGAUUUGUCUGCUUCUGGCACGGUGGAAGCGACUACUUGCAGUACUGGGCUGUGAUGAACUGGGCUGGAGUUCUGGUGGAAAAUGGACUCAUGUCUCUGUUUGCUUCACCCUCUAUUCAGUCAACUGUUGAGCAACAUUUCUCUGCGGCGAUGAAAAGGCGCGUCAUUGCCUUCCUGUGUGCCUUCUCCACCGCCAUGCUCAUCCUCUCUAACCUGGUCUUCCUUGGGGGAACACAUGUGGGCAGAAUCUUUUGGAAGCGUGUCUUCAUUCAAGGCUGGUCCACCGUGGCUCCACCUAUGCUGGCUUUCCUCUACUGCUUCGCUCAGAUUGGACUGGAGUGGACUUCUCCCCCACCAUGAUUCACCUUGACUUUGCACUCGAGUGAGAAUCCGCACAACCGGAAAAAGCAAAAACGCCCCGCUGAGCGUGGAGUGUCACCAUUGCCACCCCGCGCCUCUGUGACGGCUCUGGCUCGUAGCCACAGAACCCGUGCAAACCUGGCUGAAGAGCAGCUCAGCGGCUGCUUUCUUCAACCUGCAGGACCAACUGAAAUCCGUCUGAACGCGAAGACUUUAAGGAUUAGAGCUGAUUCUUUGCUGUAUUUCAGAAUCGUGUUUGCAGCUUUUGUCUUUGCUGCGUUGGUGUGUUUUCUAUCCAAUAAGCUGCACUGGAACACUGUCAUUCCAAGAAACUAUAAAGGACAAAAUGGACUCUGA